UUCAGAUUCGACACACAAAUUACUAGAUGAGCUGACGCGUCCGCAGACGGAUCAGUUGCGUGGCAGUUCGGCGUCGGCGAGUACCUCCGGGAGCAGUUGGAAGAAGAAAAGUCGUUAAGAAUGGCGCUGAAUAUUCUCGUGACCGGCGGGGCGGGUUUCGUCGGAUCGCACACGGUGCUUGAGCUGCUGAACGCGGGUCACUCCGUUUACUGUGUGGACAACCUGUGCAACGCGUACGCCAGCAGUGGCUCAAAGUUGCCGGAAUCGCUGAAACGGGUACAGGAAAUUACGGGGUCGACCAUCACUUUCUAUGACGUGGACAUUCGGAAUCGCACCGAGCUGCAAGCGGUCUUCCGGAAGCACAAAAUUGAUUGCGUGGUCCAUUUUGCAGCGCUGAAAGCGGUCGGUGAGUCAUGCCGGAUUCCACUGCAAUACUACCAAAACAAUAUCACCGGCACGAGCGUGCUACUCGAAGCGAUGGCAGAGGCUGGCGUGUUCAAGAUCGUUUACAGCUCGAGUGCCACCGUGUACGGAGAGCCACGAAAGUUGCCGCUCACCGAGACCCAUCCGACGGGGAACUGCACCAAUCCGUACGGCAAGAGCAAGUACUUUACGGAGGAAAUCCUCAAGGAUCUGUGCGAUUCGGAUGGCCGCUGGUCGGUGGUGUCGCUGCGUUACUUCAACCCCGUGGGAGCGCACAAGUCGGGCCGCAUCGGUGAGGAUCCGAACGGCGAGCCAAACAACCUGAUGCCCUACAUUUCGCAAGUGGCCAUCGGACGGCGAGAGUGUUUGAAGGUGUUCGGCAGCGAUUACGAUACUCCGGACGGUACCGGUGUGCGUGAUUAUAUUCACAUUGUCGAUCUGGCCGAGGGUCACGUGCACGCAAUCGAUAAGCUGGCGGGCGGUUCCAUCAGUGGCUUCCGCGUGUACAAUCUUGGUACGGGUCGCGGUUACUCGGUGCUGGAAGUGGUCAGCGCCUUUUCGAAGGCUUCCGGCAGAGACGUCAAGUACGAGCUGGUCGACAGACGUCCUGGGGAUGUUGCGUCCAGUUAUGCUGAUGCUUCACUAGCCGCCAAAGAGCUCGGAUGGACCGCACGGCGGGGACUGGACGAGAUGUGUGAGGACACGUGGAAUUGGCAGAAGAACAAUCCAAACGGGUUUGCUGGAUGAGAAACUAGUGGCCAUAGACUAGCAAAUGACCAAAGCUUUUCGUUGCGCUCGCAACGACACGAUUCGCAAAUGAUUCCUGUAGAACGCUUUUAAGUUGCAUUUUAAUUACCCGCUUCUUGUCGUGCUAGUUAUUAAAUUGGUUUUUACCAUCGUGUAAAACUUCUUAUAGAGCAAUAUAUUCCCUAUCACACGCUGCGUGGGUUAGCUUACAUAAAUAAAAUUUUACU